AUGGUGGCUCUUGGUCAUGGUGCAGAAGAUGCCUGGUUCAGUUGUCCAAAUAGAAACAUGACCACUAUUGACGGCACACACCUAUACGAAAAAUACAAAGGUACACUUCUAGUCGCUGUUGCACAAGAUGGGAACCAGAACAUUGUGCCUAUCGCCUUUGCCUUGGUGGAAGGGGAGACAGCUGAUGCGUGGCACUUCUUUCUCAGGAGUCUGCGAAUGUAUGUUGUUAGAAAAGACGGUGUGGGUAUGAUCUCAGACCGACAUGAUUCAAUACGGGCAACAGUAAAUUGUUUUGGUGGCGACUGGCAACCUCCAAGAGCAUGGUGGAUGUUUUGUAUAAGACACAUCGGCAGUAACUUCUUAAGGGCAUUCAAAGUCCCUCACUUGCAAAAGCUUGUUGUCAACAUAGGGUAUUCAAGAACGGUGGAGGAGUACAAUAUCAACUAUAAGAGGUUGGAAGAGCGAGGCAAGGCAUAUGCCAGGUGGUGCGAUGCCAUUGGACUCAGACAUUGGGUAUUGGCAUUCGACGAGGGACAUCGAUGGGGCUAUGUGACAACGAACCUUGUCGAGUGCAUUAACUCAGUGUUGAAGGGUGCCCGUAAUCUACCUGUGUUGGCGCUGGUCCGAGUAACAUAUUAUAGGUUAAAUAAACUUUUUACGCGGAAGAGUGCCGAGACUCACGAACGCAAGCGUGCUGGAUAUACGUACUCUGCAUUUGCGCAACAGCGGAUAGAAGCAACGUCUCGAUUGGCAGUGUAUGUGCAUGAUGUGUAUAAGAUGACGGAGGUUCGUAAAGUAUAUAGGUUUGAGUUCACACCAUUAGGUGAUCCUGAGACAUGGCCUGCUUAUAAGGGACCCACAUUGGUCGCUAAUCCCGCGCUGAAGCGAACGUCUAAAGGCAGGCCCAAACUGACUCGAUACUUGAAUGAAAUGGACUUACGCAACAUGCAUGGUCCUCGGAUAUGCCGUCUCUGUGGUGCUCAGGGUCAUAGUCGGAGUAGGUGUCCUCAGCGUGCUGGACCGAGUGGUGCUGGUUCGUAG